AUGCUUCUGUGGCUGGCAGGUCUAGGUUUUGUCACCGCCUCAAUCACCAUUCCGCUCUCACCCGUCGCGCCACUACCGCUCUCUCACCAAGGCGCAGCGACUUCGGCCGACGAUUUGUUCAGGAGAAGUUGCCCCGAGGAAGUCGCCUCCUCAAACCCAUACACUCCCUCUCUUUUCGCAUCCUCCUUCUCCAAUGAUGUAUUUUCUACAGGGCUUGUAUUUCCCUCUUCGGGCGGGCUAAUACGGGGCGCCGUUGAAGCAUGGGCUCAGCAUCAGCAUCUCGUGUUGAGGCCAGAAGAAGUCUGGUUUGAGGUACUUGUACAGAUGAAUCUCUACAUGAGUGUCCACUCCGAGAAGGUUAGAGGUUUAUUCGUUGAACAUGAGGGCGGAAAGGAAAAGAUAGUCGUUGAGGGGAAUUCAUGGGAUGAUAUGGUUGUCAGCUUUGGCGACGAGAUUGACAAGCGUGUCAAGACAGAAUGGCUGAAGGACUGGAUCAUGCCCGGCUUCAGCACUUCCACCCCCAAAGACGAUGUCACUGCCGCGGCGCUCAUGAUGGGUCUCAUGAAGCAGUUCUUUGACUUUGAGGGAUGGGUGGUCUGCGGUAUACCCAGUGUCACACUACUCGGCACGAGAGAAGACUGGGUUAAGCUCGAAGCCAAGCUAGACUAUCUCAAAGAAUUCGGCCCUGAUCCCGAAUUAUUUGCAGAGAUGCUGAGGCCAAUCAUGAAGAGGUUCGUUAGUUCUUGGGACGAUGCACACGCAGAGGAAACAAAAUUGUUUUGGGAGCAGAUUGUAAGAGUGAAGAAGCAGUGGUCCUGUGGCGAGGGAGCAAACGAGUGGGAUGUUAGCGGCUGGAUAACGGGGUUUGACUUUUUUGAUAGAAAUGGAUGGAGGAGAGGGUAUGAUGCAUGGGAGGAUUAUGACGAAGAUGAAGAUGAAGAUGAAGAUGAAAACGAGGAGGAGGAGAAGGAGAAGGUGAAGGAACCUGUCAAGGAAGAACCCCAGAUGGGUAUAUUUGCUAGCGAUUGGACUGUCACCAUGGAUGGACAAAAGUAUCUUCAUCUGUCUUUGUCAGAUGUUUCUACAAGCUACGCAAAAGCACCCGUCAAGAUGAAGAAUUUUCCUCAUCCAGGAGUUGAUACAGAAGCUUACAUCCUCGCUGGAAAUAUUGGAGUGGAGAGGACCGAAGAAGGAGGUAAAGUCACGGCGCAGCCUGUCAGUGGAUGGUUUGCAUAUGGACCAGUGAACUCGAAUCAUACUGUCGGGCCAUUCAUUGGGAACUGGAAUGAGCUGGAGAGUAUUGCUGUCGGUAUUGAGGAUUGUAAAACUACCAAGAAAGAAAAAGAAGAAGAAGAAGAAGUGAAGGACCUAUAG